AUGACGAUGUGGCAAACUCUCGUUGCAGGUGGAAUUCUUGCCGGUACUGUCUUAGUCCAUGCUAGCAAUCCCUUGGCUACAGAAGACCAGCAUCACAUUGAUGAGCUGUCCAAGUCAUUUUUGGGCAGGGGCAAUCUCGAUGCACUUAAGCAAAAAGCGCGUGAACAAUACGUUAAAUCGUUGAAGAAAUACAACGUGGAACUCACUGGCUCUGUGAACAAGGACCUGGAUGCUGCUAUGGACGAACUUGUCUUCAGCUCUAUCCAGAAAGCUGCGAAUGGCGACCCCGCCAAUCCUAAGGUCUACUGGACGGAUACGGCUAAACGCACGCACGAUUGGUUUGGUAUAUCAGUACCUGGUGGCCGUUACUCAUAUGAUAAUCCCGACUGCAUCUAUCGAACGAUCCCAAUCAGUAGCAAGUACAAAUACAAGAUAUCGGGGCGCCGCUUUGGAAAUGGCACGGCCGAUCAAUCAUUCUCUCUGAUCAAAAACCGCAAUUCUCAGAACACUAUCAGUGCGCUCUACAAAGAUGAUAUGAAGGUGAACAGCGAUGGAUCGUAUGAAAUUACCAUCAGCACCGACAAGUCUGGCGGACAAAACCAUAUCAAGAGCGACUGGACUGCUAAGCAACUUUUCAUUCGCAACAAUCUGGGUGACUGGUCGAAAGAGACGCCGGACGAGCUCAAGGUGGAAAUCAUUGACAAGCCGAAGCAUGCGCCUAAGCGCACAGAUUCAGACAUUCUGAAAGAUGCCCAAGAAGACCUGAAAGAAUCGACCUUCUUUUAUGGAUUUGGUGCCCUCGACCUAAAGACGUUGACCCAGAAACUGAAUCACUUGGCAAGUCCACAUCAAUCUAGCUGGCUCGGUACAUUGACCUCACAGGCCCAAUCAUUUGGCUACUUUCAUGUUAAGCCCGACGAAGCCUUCGUUAUAACACUCACAAGUGGAAAGUCAUCAUAUUGGGUUAUGCCUGUAACCACGAUGGGUCUUCUCACGAAAGAUCCCGAGCAUAACAUUGUGAGCUUCAAUAAUUUCCAAUCUGCUCAAAACAAAAAUGGCUCUUACACAUUUGUCUUGUCUUCACAAGACCCAGGCAUUUACAACUGGAUCGACACGACUAAUCUUGAGCGGGGCACUCUAAUGAUCCGUUGGCAGGGUCUGCCCGCCGGCGAUGGGACUGCCAAGGAUAUUCACGUUCACUCGCAGCUUGUAAAGUAUGAAAACCUUCACAACGUGCUCCCGGAUGACGUGCCAAAGAUUGAUCAAGGCGGUCGUUCUGAGCAGAUUGAGAAACGUCGCCAAGAAUACAAACGGAUUCAUUUCCAAAACUAA